AUGCCCUCACCGACAAAGGAUGAUACCAUGGCCGACAAGGAAAUGGACCAAACAGCCAUGAUAAAAUACAUCUACCAGAAAAUCAGCCUCAUGGAUGGGCUGAACUCCAGGGUCGCUGGCCUGGAAACCAGCGUGUCUGGGCUUGACAACAGGCUCAAGGUGAUGGAGGAGCGGAUCAGCAGCAGCGCCGCAGCGGGAUUCUCCGGGCGACAUGAGGCUGGCAACGACAGCGCAGCGUUCCACGAAGACAAGGUUUUGGCGAGGGUUCCCAAGAAGCUGGUGGAUGAGGACCGACUGAGCGACGUCCUGCACGACAUGGUUCAGCGGCUGCGAAAUGGGGCACGUUACACUCUCGAUAUCAUCCCGUGGACAGUGAAGCCUGGGGCGAAUGGCAGUACUGCUGCGGGGGGUGUACGCCCCACGGCAACGGCCGGUGCAGCCUCGGAUGCACAGUGUAACCGGGCAGGUACCGAUGAGCCAACCGUCCUAGUCGACAUUCUGCUGAAUCCGCAAGUGUGGAAGUCGUUCGUCACCCUAGGAAAGAUUGCGCGUGAACAGCACGGCAUCAUCCUCAUGGACGCGCUCACAAAGACGGGCAAACAGCUGCACGAGCAACGCAUGGCAACAUUCAUCCACCUGCGUGACGUCAAGAAGGUGCAGCCGAGGUGGGAACGUGGUGUGGACAUCACGGUCAUGGACGGACAAUGCAGGGUCCCCUUCGAGGGACCCUGGGUGGACGCGCAACCCAGCGGAGCUGGUGGUUCUGCUGGCAUGGCACCGCGCGGCGACCGCCCCUAG